AUGAGUACAAGUACAACCUCAACAGCAUCGACAGCACCAACAACUGCCAACGUUGCUGCCGACACCUCAUCAUCCUCGUCAUCGUCACCAAGCUUACAAUUUACACUUAGAUCAAAGACGGUUGUGCAGUCGCAGACGUCACCAGCAUAUGGAAAGAACGACAAGCUCUACCACUCGGACCAAGCACAAGAGUGCAAACACAUCGAAUACUCGAGCGACGGCGCAUUGAUUGCAUACGUCCACACGACACACAUUGAGGUGCGUCGUAGCGAGAGCUGCGAGGUGUAUGCUCGUAUUGAGCGCCCCAACGUUUCAUUUGUGUCGUUCUCGCCCAUGAACUCUUUCCUGCUCACAUGGGAACGUUGCUCGCCCGAGCUCAACAACAACGACAGCAACUUGGUCGUAUGGGAUCUCGUCACGUGCAAGGUGUUGCAUCAAACCGGCCAACGUUACUGCAAUCAGGAUCAGUGGCCUUUGGUGCGUUGGACCGACGACGAGAUGCUCGCCGGCCGUUUGGUGCAAAACGAGAUACACUUUUACAACGGACGUAACAUUGGACUCGCCGCCAAGAAGCUGCGUCUCCCCGACUUGGCAUCGUUUGAGUUUGCACCAGGAGAGCAACGCGGUGGAUACCGUUUCUCAGUGUUUGUGCCCGAGCGCAAGGGUGCCAUCCCCGGUAUGUGUCGUAUCUACACCUACCCCAACACCAACGAGCACAACUCGCACAUCUCCUUUUUCAAGGCCAACGAGGCCAAGAUGUUUUGGAACUGCUCGGGUGACGCUCUCUUGAUUCACACGGCCACCGACACGGACAAGACCGGCAAGAGCUACUAUGGCGAGACUGGUCUGUGGUACUUGUCGCUCGACGGCACCUCCUUUUCGCUCGGCAUCAAGGGUCCCAUCCACGACGUCAAGUGGGCACCACACUGCAACAACUUUGUCGUCUGCUACGGCAACCCCUUCCAGUCGACCAUGUUCAACGCCAAGGGUGCACCCAUCAUCGACUUUGGUUCGUUGCCCCGAAACACCGUCCGUUUCUCUCCCAACGGCAAGCUGCUCAUGUUGGGUGGUUUUGGCAAUUUGCAAGGAGACAUGGACUUUUGGGACCUCACCAAGUUCAAGCGUGUCGCAUCUACCACCGCUCAUUGCGCCGUCUACACUGAAUGGGCUGCCGAUUCUGUGCAUCUCUUGACAGCCGUACUGUCACCACGUAUCCGUGUCGACAAUGGUGUCAAGUUGUUCCGUUACGACGGAUCGAUCGUCUUUAAGCAAGACAUCCCCGAGCUCUACCAAGUACUCUGGCGUCCACAAUCGGCACACGCUUUUGCCGACUUGCCCAUCGUCUACCCGUCCGCCACCCAGUUGCAGCAGACUAGCUCACCCCCACCCCAAAAAUACACGCCACCCAGUCUGCGUGCACUCCAGGCUGCCGCACCAGCCAAGCCUGUCCAGUCGCCGUCCGAGAUCAACCCACCCGGCUUCAAAAUCCACAUCCCACUCACCGGUGCCUCCUCCACCUCUCCCACAAACACCUCGCCCGUCCCCACCGGUGGCAGACGUCGCGGUGCAGGCAUUGACACCUCCACCAGCGCACCAAAGCCAGCCGCACAACCACAAAAGUCGCCAGCAGAGGAGCAGCGCGACAAGCGUAUCGCUGUCCUCGAAAAGAAACUCAAAGACAUUGCAGAUUUAAAAACCAGAAGAGACAAUGGCGACCCACUUCCACCAAAACAAUUAGGUAUCAUUGAAACAGAGAAAAAAUUACAAGAUGAAUUAGAUACUUUAAAGAAACAAUAA